UGUACGUACUGAAAGGAUUUCAUUGAUUUCGGGAAGCACAGGACUAUACACCAAAAAGAGAAAAGCAGGAGAGAUGUUUACCCGCAAUUGGGUGAGUGUGCGGACAAGCAAUAUGAGAGGCGCUUAUCUGGCACGAACCGAUUGUGGAUGGAAAAUUCAAGUCAGUGAAGAGAAAAGCCUAAACCACACUAUGCGGAAGAUCCUGGGUGGCAUCGCACAUAUAUCGGCAUCCGAACAAAAAAAAAAUUGUCGUCUGAUGGAAAAUUUUGCUAUGUGGUCCAGCACGGUUUCUAAAGUGAAAUAAUUACUUUGUAUCAAACUUAAAGUGCAGAGAAAAAUAUUAGUGACAAAAGAAGCUGUGGAAUAGUUUCUGCUUUAGAAGUUUAUCGAUAUUAAAGGCUGGAUUAAUACAGAAGGACAUGUUAUAAAGGGCCAAUUUUGAUUCGCGACAGGAUCUCGUAGGUGUAUUCAGUGGUGGUUACAUAUACCUUUUUUUCGAUCGGUUUCCUUGACUGUUGCCAUUUUGCGUUUCGUAUUCCGCAGCAUAACGUAGUGCCAAUCGAGAAGAAAAACUAAUGAAUUCGAAUGCUGCUCUUGAUUGGUGAACAAGGAAGGAAUAUUAUAUACGCAGAUUAACACAAGUGGGAUUACGACACAACAUACCAGAACAAUUGAUUGCCCUCAAAUGACGUCGCCGAAGAAUCUAGCAGCAUUGUCUACCAGCCACAACAGUCACAACAACACCAGCUCCAUUACCAGUGGCACUAAUAGCAGCAACCAGAUCCCGUCCGCCUUGACCGUGUCGAACCGAAUCCUGCGGUCGCCGUCACACGAAAGUUUUUCCACAGAUUUAUCAUUGAUUUCAAUUUCGGUCUCAUCGAUGACGUCGGACGCGACCAGCGUGUUGAAUCGAUCCAGCUGCAGCCUGCUGACGAAAACCAUGGAGGACAAACUAGGAAAUCUGCUGUUGAAGGAUGCCAAAAAGAAUCGAUCUUCAACGCUGACAGAAAAAUGGAGCGAGAGCAACGAUUUAAUUCGCAACUGUGCCACACUGUCAGCGGCUCUAGGCAUCCACAAGAGCUUCAGUACAACCGAUAUCUACCAGUUGCCAUCCGAUCAGCACAAUCUUGGCGGAAGACUUUCCACUUCCGAGCUUGCGUUGACCCCGUUCCAGAAGGCCGGCUACCUGUUCGAACAUCCCCGUCUAGACCACACAUCCCGAUCAUACUCCACUUGGGUUGCGGUGGGUGAGCUGGCAUCUACUUCACAACUGCCUUCGCCUCACGGUGGGCAAUCUUCCAACCAGGUUCCAACGAUCUGCAACUCCACGCCGACGCCUAGCUUCACCGUUUCUGAUUUGAUCAGCUCCGUGAACAAGAAAAUCCGCCAAAACUAUAUCCGGCGACGGCUUUACACUACCUACCGUGCCAUCGAAAGACUGUCCCAGAGCGAGUUCAACCUGGACCGCCUGGAAGCGGCUGCUUUCGCCGCAAACAACUUCAGUAAUCCUGGUCCUACGGAGUUGGUCGUUCCAACAACACACGCUUCUGCCUCUCCCAUCGGGGGAAAAUCGGCAAACAUCGACGUUAGUCCGGUGGCAACGAGCUCCGCUAGCCCAUCUCCAGAUCCGUCUGCAGCGCUACACUCGAAGAAAUCAACCAGCAAGUCACAUCACGCCAAAAAGAAUCUUACAUUUUUGGACAUCGAAAGUGAACGAGGAAAACCUCUGUCCAAGUAUGAGCGUCACAUGCUGAUCUUUAACUGGCUGCAUACCAUCGAUGAUGCACCAAUAGAAAUUGACAAUUGAUUAAGCUUGGACAAUGCAGAUGAGCCUGGUAUCGAGAGCAGCGUCGAUGCAAGAGUACAUCGACAUGUAAAAGGGUCGGAUACAACCGGGACCGGAAAGAUCGUGUACUACGAAGCCGAUGAGACGAUCAAUUAAAGAUGCAGAGCGGUCCGCGUACAUGGGAAACUAUGGUUAUCAAUAUAAAAUCUCAAUGUUUAACUCAUUGCUGUUAUGCCGUCUAUAGAGAUGUAAGUGAAUCCAAUGAAACUUAAGAGUAUUUCGAAAACGCAUACAAUAGGAUAGAUUGCGUAUAUGUAGAUGUUACCAGUAGGUUUAGAUGAGUAACUGGGCUGAACAAGCGUAAAGCUUGCGACCUUUUGCGGCUUCUAUUGUUUAGUCGGAUGUAGGAAAAAGGAUAUCGAUUAUCAGUUGCGCAGGGUAGGUACUUAAAUAGAGGAAUAAAGAGAUGUCAGCGAGUAAACAAUAUUUGAAAAAAAAAAAUCAAAAUGCUGGCCCCAUUAAAAAAGACUUCCAGAUUUUUGUUUGAACGGUCGCUUAAGUUACCGGUCACUAAAAUUUUUGCUUGAAUUCUGAGAGGGUGCAGCCAAAGGCGAGGUAAAUCGGUCUCAUAUUGAGUAUUUAUUUACUGUUUCUAUCUUGGCAUUAUACCCUCUGCUAGAAGACUGACAAUCUGUCGUUCAUAUAAUUACAAAUUACCCGGCCAGAUAAAAAAAGUGUUUCACGUUCUCUUACACUACACUUACAGUUUUUCUAGUGCACGUUUCUAUCUUCAACGAAAUAAAAAACGCUGGCCUCCAAAUAAUGUUUAAAAACCUCAGAUGCCUACUUAGUGUUUUCAAAAGUAAACUAUGCACCCAAAAGCCAAAAAUAUGUGAAUCGCAAACAAUCAAACAACAGCCAGUUAGUUAUCUUUUCUUUUCAGCAUCCCAGAAGAUGAGGAGUUGGAAUAUUAUAUAGGUACGAAAGGUGAACAUCCAGAUGUACUUGAACUGUAGCUAGUCGUAGAAUAAUAUAGUUAUCUUAAUAAUUCCAACCAGUACUAGCGAUUGGAGGCUACAUUUGCUUUUUUAUAAACCGAGUAAGUAAGGAUAUAGUUUAACUUUAUAUACAUUCUCAAAGAAAACUGUUUUGUGCUAUAAUCAGCUUUUUAUAAACACUUAUAAAACAAUGCUGUAUGAAAAAUGUAGACAUUGCUAACUAAAAAAAAUCGACAAGUGUUUAAAAUUGCGGUCCGAGAUUUAGAAACAAGAAACCGUUUUUUUCGGAAGAUCAAUAAAAUAAUGAGCAAACGUGCAGAAAACUGAUUGAGACCAAAUUGGACUAUUUUUUUCUGAUCCUCCGAAAAACAGUAUAAAGUUCGGUUUGAUCUUAGCUCGCGGGCUUGAAUGAUUGCGAAGCUGGUGAACUAGCUCUAUGUUACCCUUACGAUGAUAAAUCGGAUGAAAGCUAUAUGGAAAUGUGAAUGCGUCGCUGAGCAGCAACAUAUUUUGCAACAUAUUUUGAAAAACGAAAAUGGUACCUACAUACCUACAUAUGUUUGUGUCCUACUAUCUGUAAUGGUGCGAAAAUGAAGACUCGCUACCUUCUGCAGCAGCAAAGUCGAAUAUGACAACUAUGUCAAAGUAAAUCGUUUAAUAUCUUAUAUUAUUAUUAUGGCAACUAGAAAAAAAAGGUCUAAUAAAAUUAUGGGAAACUUCAA